CAACGUUAAUGGAGGCAAAAUGAAUUUCUAAAGAAGAAUUUACGUGUGAAAUGCCGAAUUUUCGGCAUGGGUUCGCAGAGUCAGUCAGACACAAGUCAACUUUCCUCUCUUAUCAAAUCAUUUAGUGAGACUCCAGAUAGAAGAGAAAAGCUAGGUUAUUUGAAAAACCUCACAAGUCAAAUUCUUCCUGGUUUGACCCUAGUUGAAUUAGAAGCCAAAUUUUUCUCAAGAAUCUUGCCAAAGGUAUAUGAUGCUGUUUCAGAGGCCAUUUUGGAAGUAGAGAAGAUCAUAAAGUCACUUCAAGCACAGACUGUUGAUGAAGAAAGAAGCUGUGACAGAUUACAGAUGGUCCAGUCACUUCUACAGUUGGUCAUCGAAUUCAUGGAAUGUCUGGAAACUUGUAUAGGCAUUGUGACUCAACUUUCCCUUACAGAGGAACUCUUUAUUGAACAUGUCCACUCUCUGCCAUCAGCUGUACUGCUGACUGUGAAUGCUACAUUUAAACACUGCAAGGAUAGUGAAAAGGUUUAUGGUGAUUUCUUCCAUGUUGUAUCUCAGGAUCUGGCCAUGUUGUUUAAAAGAUCUUACCAGCUACAGAAGGGAUUAAUGGAGUUACUUGACAAAGUCCAAUUUAAUGAUGAUGCAUCUGAUGAGGAUGUCAAAGAUAUUACAGAAGUGUGUCAUCAGCUUCUUGAAAUUUGCAUUCUCAUUGGUGAUUUGGAUACAAGUAUACUGGUGAACACCUGGAAAGUGUUAAAAAAACUAUUAACCAAGCAUAGAGAUCAUAUCAAGAGCUAUUUAGAGGUGGACAGGUUGAUAUGUCAUUUGUGUGACUCAAUUGAGACCAAACUAAUGCGAUGUAUAGAACUUGCCCCAUUUAAAGCAGAAGAUUGUUCUGAUGAUCAAAAGGUUACUGGUUCUAAUGGUGAUGAAGUUGCUCUGACUAAGAUGCUCAAAGUCAUGCGAUUUUUAGUGGGUCACCUUGUUCAUCUUACAAAGGAAUAUGAUGGUUAUUAUGACACAUGUUUGGAAAAAAUUUUUAAUUUUCUGUUAAUGAUUCAAAGCAAUUUACCUCCAAGUCUGAGUGCUCCAAAAAUUGAUGCUUGUGCAGUUCAGGGUAUAAAAUCAGCC